GGGCGAGGGUGGGUGACGGUGAGGAGCGUGGGGAGCAGUCCGGGGGAUUCAGGUUUUCCAGAUGGCAGGACUCAGGGGGGGGAGUGAGUAGAGUAGGGACGCGCUGAGGCGCGGGGGCAGGCGAUACAUUUUGGAGGACUUGGAGGUGCUUGGGAAGCGUCUGAAGGCAAGUGUGUAGUAGACAGUUGGAUGUGAGGGACUGGAGAGAAUUCUGAGCCAGUGAUACUAGAGUUGUUCAGUUCAUUCAGUCUGCGGAGGUGGGCGAGAUCGGGUAGGAAGAGUAGAAGAGUGGUUUUUAACCUUUUUACAGACUUUAAGAGAUAAAGCUAUGGCCCUUUCUCUCCAGAAAAAUGCAUAUAUGCCGCAUACAUAGAAGGUAUAUGUGCAUUUUUCUUUUUUUUUUUAGGGGGAGGGUGGGUUGUUUUACAGAUCCUCUGAGGUCCAGGGUUAAGGACCUCAAGUUUAGAGUGAAAGGGCCAAAUCUACAAAGCUAAGAGAUACCCACAUUUAAGGCAGUGUUUCUCAAAGUAUGUCCCGAGUUCCACCUGUAUCAGAAUUACCUGGGCUGCUUGUUAGAAAAUACAGGUUCCUGGGACUCACCUAAAGCUAAUAGAUGCAGAUCUCUUGAAGUGGGACCUGGGAAUCUACAUUCUGAAUUACUGUCCCAAGUGAUUCUUAAUGUUCCUUAAAAUUUGGGACCCAUUGUUGUAAAGGGAAAGCAGAGGAAGAGGAGUCUCGUCUCUGGAAGAGGCUGGGAAGGAAUUGUCAGAGUUAGGAGGAACCCAGGAAGAGGCCUGUUGAGAAAGCAAAUAGAUUUUCAAGGAGGUGGAAUAGUUGGCAGUGUUAGAACCUGUGAUUUAAGGCCAGUAAAUUAAGUAAGGUAAUACCCCAAAUCAGUCCAUUGGAUUUAGCAUGUGGAAGAUUAAUGGUAACCUGUCAGGACAAAAAGAGGGAAGAAAAGGAAGUUGGAGACUAGCUCCACUCUCGGGAGGAAGCAAGUUAGAUAGAACCACUCCUUUUUUUUUUAGAUUUUAUUUGUUUAUUUAUGAGAAACACACGGCGAGAGAAGCAGAGACAUAGGCAGAGGGAGAAGCAGGCUCCAUGCAGGGAGCCCAAUGUGGGACUCCAUCUCGGGACUCCAGGAUCACACCUUGGGCCGAAGAAGGAGCUUCAAGAGCAGGGGGAGAUCAGAAUCGUCCAGCUAGGCUUUGACUUGGACGCCCAUGGGAUCAUCUUCACUGAGGACUACAGGACCAGAGUCCUCAGGGCCUGUGAUGGCCGACCAUAUGCUGGGGCAGUGCAGAAGUUUCUGGCUUUGGUACUUCCAGCCUGUGGGGACCUUAGCUUCCAGCAGGACCAAAUGACAGAGACCUUCGGCUUCAGGGACCCAGAGAUCACGCAUCUGGUGAAUGCUGGAGUCCUCACUGUCCGAGAUGCUGGGAGUUGGUGGCUAGCUGUGCCUGGGGCUGGGAGAUUCAUCAAAUAUUUUGUUAAAGGGCGCCAGGCUGUCCUCAGCAUGGUCCGGAAGGCCAAGUACCGAGAGCUACUCCUAUCAGAGCUUUUGGGCCGGCGGGCACCUGCCUCGGUGCGACUUGGCCUCACUUACCACGUGCACGACCUCAUUGGGGCCCAGCUAGUGGACUGUGUCUCCACCACUUCUGGAACUCUCCUCCGCCUGCCGGAGACGUGAGGAUUCUGCUCAUCAUUGCAUAUCUCUGCAGAGUGGGUUGAGAGGGGUCCAGGAGUAUGUCCAGUGGUGGAUGAGAUAGGGUCACCUUGGGAAGACGUAGGAGCCCGGAUGAGUGUUGGGCUUGCAUCUGCAUAAAGGGUCAGACGUGAUUGCUGCUGUUUACCUGGGCUCUGACCCAGUGGUGGGGUUUGGGCAAUGCUUCUCUGCCCUUCUGUGGGACUGGAGCCACAAACCGUGCCAAGGCCAUGGCUCUUGCCUUUCACACAGCAAAGUACUGCUGUCGCUCUUGGGAUAGGAAGACGGGAUUUCCGGGAAGGCUGGUGAGGGAGGGCAGAGUUCUUUCUUAAAUGUUAAGAUCAAGCUGCCAAAUAAAGUACAAACCAUGUGCAA